CCCUAUCAGUCAUUCACAGAGGGUGUGUACCAGACAGGAGUUUGUGGCAGAAGGAGAAACAGCUGCUAGCAGGAAAAAUGUCUGCGCUGCCUGAUGGAAAGAAACUGGUCCGGAGCCCCAGCGGUCUGCGCAUGGUGCCCGAAAACGGAGCCUUUCACAGCCCCUUCUCCCUAAACGAGCCGCAGUGGGUCCCCGAUAAAGAGUGUGCGAGAUGUAUGCAGUGUGACACCAAGUUCGACUUCAUCAGAAGAAAGCACCACUGCCGGCGGUGCGGCCGGUGUUUCUGUGAUAAGUGCUGCAGUAAGAAGGUGGCGCUGCCCCGGAUGUGCUUCGUGGAUCCGGUGCGGCAGUGCGCUCAGUGCAGCCUCGCCUCGCAGAAAGAGAUGGAGUUCUACGACAAGCAGCUCAAAGUGCUUCUGGGAGGCGGCUCCUUUGUCGCCACUUUGGGAACGUCGGAGAAAUCUGAAACCAUGAUGUGUCGCCUCUCCAACAACCACAGGUAUUUGUUCAUGGACGGCGAGAGUCACUUUGAGGUGGAGCUGUCUCGGAUCUCCAGCAUGCAGAUUCUGACAGACGGGUCGAGUCCAGGAGAGAGCGACAUUCACACGUACACCAGCCUGCCGGACACUCAGUAUCUCUCUGAAGGAUGGACGUCGCGGGCCAGUGGCAUGCUGCUCCACUACAAGCCGAUGGGCGCCCAGGAUGCACAGCAGCUGAAGGUGGAGGCUGCGGACGACAGGAAGGCGGCCGCGUUGUGGCUCGCUGCCAUGCACAAGGCGGCCAAACUGCUGUAUGAAGCUCGGGAUCAGUGACCUUCAGACUGACCUUCAGACUGACCCUUCACACCCAACUGUUUGCCCCCGGCUCCCUGGGCUUUGGUAUCGUUUGGAUUUUUGCUAACGCCAUUUCUGAUUCUGCCCUUUCCGUCUGAUUCCUCAUCGGUUCCUGAUGCCAGUUCUUAUCGUGGUGAAUCUGCAAGAAAUGUUUGUAUGAAAAAAGAAAAACACUUUAUUACCUCUAUAACCAGAACUUUGUAUAUCAUGUUUACCACAAACACGAGGAUUGUUACUCUUAUUUCUUCGAUGCAUUCUCAGAGUUGGAUUUAAUACAUACAUCAGGGCAUACUGUUUGUACUUAAAAAAAGGAACAAACUGAUGCAGGAAAUACGUUCCCCAGUUUAAGUUGGCAACUGUUUCUUUUGGGUUUCUUUUCUUCCUGUGUUUUGACUUUCUCAGAUUUAAGUUAUUUUGUUUAGCCACCUGAUCCUUAAAUACUGACAGUUAAGCUUUCACAUUAUAACACACAUGAAUACCUUUCAUAAAGUCAGAGAUGCAGUAAAACUUCCGAGGCACAGUGUUUGUUUCAAUAAUAACUUUUUAUGCUGCAGUUCAUUUUACUUUUGGGUUUUAAUUCCUGGAAGAAAUGAAGAUACAUUUUAUAGAUUCUUGAAGGGAUCAUUUUCUUUAUUAUUUGAUUUUGCUGACCCUUCUUCCACAGAGGUCAGAUAAACGGCAACAAGUAGGGACCGAGUGUCUCAAAGGACCUUUAGCAGCUUGAAGACUUAAACAGAUCUUCCAGACAAAGCAUUGUCCGCGGCAGGUAAAGGACAAAUCCACCUUUUUCAAACUCUUUAACGAAGAUAGAAAAGCACCCAUGUGUGAUGUGGGUUGCAUUUCAGAGCCCAAAGUUUCCCAUUUCCCCCAAAAAAGACCAGAUAGAAUGAGUUAUGAGAGUGAGUUAUGGGAAAUGCAGGAUUGUCUUACUGACGCAGAAACAUGAAGAAGCGUAUUGAGGACACUUUAAGGAUAAAACUUCCUGAAAAGCAAAGAACAUCAGAGAUUUAUCCACACUUUAAAGAGGGCUCUUUGGGGUUUCCCUGUAAUGUGAUACUGUAGGUUUUGGCAUGUAAAUGGUUCUGCGAAGGCUAAAACCUCAACGUUUUACACAUUGUACGUGAUUGGCUAAGGGGCGAGACAACCGAGCGGUGAAAAGAGGUGCUGCAGCACAGUGAUAUGAGAAGAAGAAAGAGCUCUUUAACAUUAAAGCAUGGAGACAUGUCGCAGUCGAGACACUAAAUAUGAACCUGAAAAUGAGCGUAACAUGAACCCGUUAAUGAAAAUGUUGGAUUUUUCCUUUACGAGACCUGCUUCCAUUUAAAUUGAUGUAUAAGUUCAUGUUUCUUUUUGUAAUGUAUAUUAUUACGUUUCUCUAUGCUACAUAUAUUUACAGAUUAAAAUCUUUAGGCAUCGCUGUCUAGGAGAGACUAUUCACGGAUUCUAGUGAAGCAUAAACACAUUAUAGUUUCAUGUAUUGGAGUUUUGUAUGAGCUAUUUUGUUAACUAUUCCUACUUUAACACGAGGUGUGUACGUACUCGCAUCAUUUCAGAAAUAGUAAUCCCCUUUGACCUUGCUCUAAACCAAGUCUGAUUUUAUUUUUAUUUUUUUUAUCGCUGUCAAAGCCACAACCUCGGGAUGUGUGAUCAACCAAAAGCUUCUUAGUCCUGGUUGAGUUUGUUUGUUUGCUUCCAAGGACCUAUUUUAAAAAACAAUGUAGUUGAAAGUGGUGAGAGGAUUUCGGCCAGUGCAAAACAAAAUGCCCUAAUCAACUUUUACUAUGUUAAUCUUUCUAGAACUUGGCCUAUUUUGGGCCUCUUGUGUGUUAUCACCACAUUUGACUACACCCCUAUUUCUGAACUAUGAAUACAGAGACAUUUUUGAAGAUAUUAUUCUUAGAUUUUUCACGAAAUGAAACCCUGUAUUUGUUCCUGUUUUCUUAUCUGCGGCCACUCAGUUUAUUCAAAUGAUGUAAUUAACUCUGUAAAGUUGCCAUCAGUUGGUUUGUGUUGAAGCCCCAGAAUGCAGCAGGUUUAUCUCAGUGUUCAAAAUGUUAAGAGGACUUUUCAUAAUGCUGCUGCUUCAACAUAAAAGCGUACAAUGAGGGAAACGUGGCCCUGUUGGGAGAAUAAAACGGUAACACAUGAGAGACACAAACUACGGCUUCCUAAGUUAGAUUUCACCUCCUAACAAAACAAAGAAAUUCUGAAUGGACAUUUUAAAUUGACAUUUCCUAACCCUAAUUGUCCCUGAUGCCAAUAUGUGAUAUGUUAGGUUUCAAAAACGAUAAACAUUGUUGGAGUUAUGACAAAAUCAAGAAGUGUAACUUUAACGUAUGUGAAAGAUUACCUUAGCUCGUGUUUGUGCAUUUAAGAGUGUGUUCUUUAUUGUAACUGAGUGUUAUGACACAAAGCUAAAAACUGGACCUUGAAAUAAGUAUUUUUUUGUCAAAACACUUCAAUUCACAAACACUUUAAAUCUGUCUAAACACCCGAAUAAACCCUUGUAUUAUAAAUAUACGACUGCACAUCAGUUUCUAACACUGUGCUUUAUUAAUCUGAGAUUAAAUCAUAUAUAAAUAUUUAAAAUGUGCUGGUGUCUUCCCGGUUUUUAUCUAAUCAUAAAUCAACAAGUUAAAAGUUGUUUAACGGAGCACAUCAUUGGCUUUGUUGGCCUUUUCCCUUCAUGUCAUUGAUACCAAAUGACAACAACAUGCUCCACCACCACGACUUUGUAACAUAACAUUUAUUUUUAUACGCUGCUCACCUAAGAAAUUACAUCACUAGUUGUUGCUUAGUUUGAGGCUUUUUUUAGAGCAGAGAUUGAGGAACGUUUUGUGUGUUUGUUGUUGUUUGUGUCUUCCAUGGUAGAGCUGUUUGUUGUGAAGUACAUGAGGGCUGCACAGCCACCAACUAAAAUGAUCAUAUAUUAUUUCCCAUCAUUGUUUAGCCUCUUUGAUUGAAGACUUAAAUCAUUUCCUUAUUUAAUUUCCUCUGCACCCAGCACUAAUAAGAUGCAUGAUCCCUUUGUUAAUUAUAAACAUCUAAAUCACAAUGGAAACCAUGUUGUGCUCAUUGGAAACUGAUUAUCUGGUAAUUCUGCAUGUUUUUUUACAACAGUUAUAAGAUGUAAAAUCCCUUUCCUUCCAAGUUUGAUCAGAAAUACACAAACUUGCAAUGACUUCCUGGAUUUCUGCAGAUACAUUUAAAAUAAAGUAUUGUUUUGCCCUUUAUUUAAAGCACAGUUGCCCGAAGAAGAUUGAGAUAUCUCAUGAUUGCUGAAAUGCAGACAUUUUAUAGUUUAUAAGUAAAAUCAAAUAGAGUUAUCUGAUGAAAGUCAUAUGAUCAUCUUGUGCUUCUCUCUGUGCAGCCCUCAUUGGUUAAACAUGAAUGAAGUAUAUUUGUUUGAAUGCACUUUGUGUAACGUCACUACUUCAUACUCCUCCGCCAGUGUUUGUUCCUGCACUUUAAAGCCCUCCCUGAUUAUUGCAGCCCUUUUUUAUCCCAGCGCUUCAUUUUAUUACGCUGAAAACGCUUCUACACCUUUUGUUGGAUUAUUCUGUUGAGAAUAAAAUCAAGUGUUUAUACAUUUCUGGUGUCUGUUGUGUCAUUUGGAAAACGGGAUUCCUCUAUAAACAAACGGACAGACUGAAGGGCGACACGUGGAAAAACGUAUUGAAUUCAGAACAAUUAUUCAUGUGCAUUUUUCAUAUUAGUAAUCCUCAUACUUUUACUGUAGGACAUUUUGCACCAAUGUAAAACUGUAUUUUUUGACGACUGUCUUGAAAAUAAUGUCUUAUAAACCACCCAACCUUGAUAGCCUAUUUUAAAAUAUACACAAUAUAUUUUGUAUGAUUAAAAUAUCAAAUGGUCUAAAUUCAAAAAGAGAUUUAAAUGACACCAGAGGCCUCUCCAGCUCUUUGUCCUUUUGACAGAUUCAUGUGAAUGUAUUCUAGGCAAAGCGGGUUUUAACGUUCAUAAACAAAAUAAUUAUGGAAAUGUACGAGCUUUGUAUCAGAAGGACACUUUAAACAAACUACGUAACUUGCACAGUGUAGUGUUGAUUCUAGAAUGUACAUAUUUCAUAUUAACUUUUAAUUGAAUACAUAUACAGAAAAACAAAAUCUCUAUUAUUACUAUUUUGAUGUAAUACAUAGUUUGUAUGUUUUACACAACAGUGACAAGAUGAUACAAGACACUACACACACAGGGUUGAGCAACGUAGAAAAACCACAAAAUAAAAACUGACACACAAAAUACAACUUUUAAUAAUCAUUUUGAAUAACUAUUUUUAGCUGCUGACAAAUAUGACUUUCUUGAAUCAACGUUUGAGAUGCAACAACAGUUUUAUUUCUCUCUUCAUAUCACAUACACAAAUAUAACCACGUUUACAUUUAACUCGUGCUUUUAUUUUGAAGGAAAGAGUAUAGAUUGCUCCUCCUAAGGACUUCGUUCACAAGACUUUCACUUUCAUUUGUCGAUCUUUAAUAUGUCCUAGUGACGCAGUUUUCUUUUCACCGUCUAAAAGGUAAUGUAAUGUAUUAUAAUUUACUAUAUUAAUCUUACUGUCAGUGUAAUAGAUGUGUUUUCAUUAUCUUUAAGUCCAACCAUAAGAAACUUCAAAACGGGUCAGAAUUGCGUUUUUGAAAGUCGUCAAAACACGGAACAGGUGAACAGGUGAACAGGAGCUUCAGGCCUACUUCCUUGAUCUUGAAAUAGGUACAGGUAGAGGCUUGCAAUGAGUCAGCUUGGGCAGAUAGAGAGGUGGCUUCUUCCUCCUGAAACCUCUCUGGUUUGGAUCCUGACAGCCAAUGGACGCCCACAGGAGAAAGGCCUGAAGAAAGCAUCUCCCGACCCCUUCUUUACAGGGCAAGUUCCCUUUCGGCAGAAGAUACAUUCCAACCCUAUCCGCUAUGAUUUCUGAGAAGCACCCUCUGACAUGAGAAAAAUGGAGGUGCUCCUGCUGCUUCGCUGCAUAAUGUAUUUUGCUGUUUCAAAUCGGAGGGUCAGCGAUUCGAUCCCCACGUAUAUGCGUCAAAGUUUCUGUGGGCCAAAUAAUGAACCCUUAAUAGCUCCCAAUGUGUGAUUGUUUACCUCAGGGGUGUCCAAACUUUUUUCACUGAAAGAUAUUCGAAGGGCUGGGCCCCUCAGUAGAGGUGGGAUAUAUUGCCUCAUAAGUUAAGUUAUAAACCUCAGAUUGCUUAUUAUUAUAAAGGGAAAUAGGAAGGGUAUAUUUCAAGCUUGUUAUGCAAAUAAGUAUUGGGCUUUUUUUUUAUCAACUAAGGUAUUUUAGAGAAUGUUUUCAACUUUAAUUGACGCAAUUUAUCUGAAAAGUGGGUAUACUAACACAUGAAUACUACUACUUGUUUUAUUUGUUUACACAUAUAUUUAAGAAGUACAAUAUAAGAAGAGAGCAAGUUUCAGGUGUGGGCCAUAUUCCAAUAUACUUUUUGUAUUUGCUCAGGGCUAAUUCAAAAUGGACCGCAGUUGGCCCCUGGGCCGUAGUUUGGACACCCCUGGUUUACCUCCUUCUUUACAACCAGUACAAGAAUGAUUGUGAGUAAUUGCUGACUUGUGUGUUUUUUUAAGAGUGCCUUAUGGGUUGCAAAGCUAUAUUAAUGGGAUGAAUUUGUUUAACCCACAUUGUAUUCCAGCCUCGACUCGACUAAAGAAAUAUGCCAUAACACUAACAUAUCUUUUUUUGUAAUCUGAAAAAAUUAAAGGAAAUGUAACUUUAAA